AUGGCCAUGGGCACGAGAAAGUUUCGGGACACGCUCGCCGAAGCCCCACAGGACGUCGCCACAGACUUCGCAGAAGCUUUGGAUUCAGCUUCCCAGUACUUCUCAGAGCGGCAGCAGGAGCAAAUCACAGCCUGGACGGGUUUGGCCAUGUCAUCGGCAGCCGAAGAGCCGUUUCGGCUUCAACGUAGAGUUGCGGGCAUCGGAGCGAUGCCGUGCAGAAUGCAGUGGGUGCGAGCUUUGGCGUUGGUCCUUGUCGUCACUGCUAAUGGCGCUGCCACACCCGUCCAGAAGGUCCUCACAGCCCUCGAGAGUAUGAAAACCACCAAGUCCAAGGAAAUGCAGGACGAGAAAAUACAGUUCGCAAAGUUCGAGCAGUUCUGCACAAGCGAGUCGGGCUACAAAAGAGCUGAUCUCAAGGAGCUUUCCAACAAGAUCGAGUUGACCAGCACGGACAUUGACAGCUUAGAUGCAGAGGCCUCUCGACUCUCGGAGGAGAUUGCCGGCCACGAGGCCCAUACUGCCAAGCUGGAGAAGAGCAAGGCCAAUGCCACGGAAGUCCGUGAGGCUGAAGCAGCCGACUACGACGCCUUGAAGACCGACCUGGGAGAGUCCGUGACAGCAAUUGAUGCUGCCCUGAAGACCUUGCAGGAGCAGGACUAUGACCGGGAGCAGGUCUUGGUUCAGGUGCACCGUGCUGCAGAGCUCGCGCACCUCUCCGAAGAGGACUUGGACAGCUUGUCCAAGGUGUUCUCCAUGGAGAAGCCAACCGCCCCCAAAGCAGAUGCGUAUGAGUUCCAGUCCGGGAACGUCAUCGAGAUGCUGAAGAUGCUUCAAGCCAAGUUCGUCAACCAGACGGCCGAGGCUGAGAUGGCCGAGACCAAGAAGAAGAACAGCUACAACCUUCUGCUGACGAGCCUGAACAAUGGGAUUGAUGUCUCCAAGAAGGCUACAGAAAAGAAGGGCACCUUCAAGAGCUCGACCCUGAGCCAAAAGGCGGAGAAGGAGGCAACCAAGGCAAAGUUGGACGAGGACUACACGGCGGACCAGAAGCUCGCUAGCGAUUUGGACACCGAGUGCAAGGUCAAGGCCAACGACUUCGCGGAGCGCCAGCGGCUGCGCUCCGAUGAAGUGACGGCCAUAACGCAGGCUCUGAAGAUCAUUCUGUCGAGAACCUCGCCAUAUCUCCAUGCAGGCACUUCCUUGGCGGCGCUCCGCGCCGAAGGCCGGCGGCAAGACCCUGUCUUGGAUCGCACGCUGCGCUUUUUGCAGGCACAAGCCACGGAGCUGGACAGCGCCACGCUGCGGGUUCUGGUGGAACGGCUAAGGCAGAAGGACGUGCCGGAUGGCGCAGCAGCUCCUGUCCAGAGGAUAGCUACCAUGCUAAAGGAGCUGAUGUCCAAAAUCAAGAACUCUGAUGUGGACGAUGCUUCCCAGCAGGUUUGGUGCGACAAGGAGCUCAAGACCAACGGCGAGGCCCGUGAAACGAAGACGAGCGAGAUCGAGGAGCUCAAGGCUGAGAUCGACCGCCUCCAGGCCCUCUUGGCAGAGCUGGGGGAAGAGAACAGCAAGCUAGCUUCGGACAUCUCCGCACUGGAGAAGAGCAUCAAGGAUACCACUUUGAUGAGAGAGGAGGAGAAGGCUGCCAAUCUGAAGAACCUCCACGAGACCACUGAGGGCAAGGAGGCCGUGGCAGAAGCGACGCAGAUCCUGCGAGACUUCUACAGUAAUUUGGGGCCUUCCUUCGUCCAGCUCAGGAGCAAUGAGAGCCACCAUCAGGACAGCAGAAAGCCCGAAUUCGCUGCCGGCGACUAUGGCGACUCGGGGCAGAGCAAAGUGCUCGAGCUGAUGCAGGAGAUGACAGCCGACCUUGCUCAGGAGGCUAACGAAAUCCAAGCCACGGAGAACACUGCCGAGAAGGAGUUCCAGACCUUCCUUGCGGAUUCUCAGGAGGAUCGGUCGAAGAAGCAGACGACGCAGCAAAAGAACGAAAUGACUAUCGCCUCCCAGAGCAAAGCUCUGAGCCAGCGCAAGGUGGACCUCCUCGCAACGGAAAAGCAGCUAGCUGCUGCCAACGACUACUAUGAGGAGCUGCACGGAAAGUGCCUCAAUAAGUCCACGAACUUUGCUGCUGAGCGGAAGCGCCGAGCAGAAGAGCUGGAGGCCCUGGAUAAGGCUUACGAUAUGCUCAGCCGGGCCGCAAACCUGGGCUCUUAG